GCUGCAGUGGAAGCUUUGUGCUCUGGUGAAGGUGAUUAACUGACAGACAUUUGACAUGUUGUAACUAAGCUGACUUUCACAGUUGAACUAAGUGAGGAUGAUGAGACUGUCUGAGAAGUAACUGCAGCGUUGCAGAAUAUGGAUCAUCUGGAUGGAUAGAACCUGAAGCUGCAGCACAGAAUGAGAAGAACAACAGGAGGAUCUUAACCAGGAAGCUACAGGACAACAACGUGAUUUCAGAGCUCUUUCAGAGUCAACAAUGAAGUUAUCUUAAACUGUUGUGAAAGCAGAGCGACCAUGGAUCUGAGAAACGCCCCCUCCUGAAAUCAGCAGAGGCCACACCCAUCAUGGAUGAGUCUGACUUUAUGCACGAAGGCGGGAAAGAAGCAUCGAUGCACCAGCCGGGACUCUCCCAGGCAGAGCCCGCGCUGCUCUACCCCCCUGCUCUGUCCCCAGACCCGGUCAGCCCGCUGACUCACCUGGGGACGCUGCUGGCCGGACACGACGCGCCGAGGACCGGGAACGGAUGGGACGGGAGACUGGACCCGGGGUUUCAAGGCUGUCAGUUACUGGGAAUGACAAGGGAACCAGGAAGAGAAGCCCAUGCAGACCAGAGCAUCAUCAUCCUGCACGCCAAGGUGGCUCAGAAGUCCUACGGCAACGAGAAAAGGUUCUUCUGCCCUCCUCCUUGUGUUUACAUCAGCGGCCGUGGAUGGAGGGUCAUGCAGGACCAUCUGAAAGCCGCUGGUUAUGGAGACGCUGUGUAUCGAGUGUGUGGUUACAUGUGUCUGGACAGCUCCACGCAGUCUCAGGCAGACACGUUCAAACUGAUCUUCGAUGAGCAGCCAAACUCCGGGAUGUUUGCCUGUGCCAAGUCCCUGUUCAUCUCUGACCAGGACAAGAGGAAACACUUCCGCCUGUUGCUGCGACUCUUCUUGGGCAACAGACAGGAAGUGGGUUCGUUCCAGAGCAGAAUGAUCAAAGUCAUCUCCAAACCCUCGCAGAAGAGACAGUCCAUGAAGAACGCCGACCUGUGUAUCUCCUCGUGCUCCAGAGUAGCUUUGUUCAACCGUCUCCGCUCUCAGACGGUCAGCACUCGUUACCUCUCCGUGGACAGAGGAGCGUUUGUGGCCAGCGCCCGACAGUGGACAGCCUUCACCAUCACCAUGGUGGAGGACCAGCGUGCUGACCAAGGAGACUUUGUGCUGAGCGAAGGUUUCAUCUGUUACGGCUGUGUGGUCCAGUUAGUGUGUACUGAGUCUGGACUCGCUCUGCCACCCAUGGUGAUUCGUAAGGUCAACAAGCAGUACGCCAUCUUAGACGUGGACGAGCCGGUUUCUCAGCUUCACAAAUGCGCCUUCCAGUUCAGAGACAAUCCUCACGCCUACCUGUGUCUAUCUAAUGACACCAUCAUACAGUACCAGGCUCCCUCCAGCGUCAGAGACCCCAGCAGAGAGGUGCUGAACGACGGAUCCUGCUGGACCAUCAUCGGAGUGGAAACAGUGGAAUUCACCUUUAAUCAGGGAAUGGCCUGCAUCCAGACUCCAGUCAGUCCUUUUCCUGUUAUUACAGGGUUAGAGGUGAACGGUGGAGGACACGUUGCCAUGCUGGAAAUCCAUGGAGAAAACUUCAGCCCUCAUCUCAAAGUGUGGUUUGGCAACAGCGAGGCCGAGACCAUGUUCAAGUCUCCCAAAUCUCUGCUCUGCGUCGUCCCUGACGUCUCCGUCUUCAGCGACGGCUGGCGCUGCCUGCGUCGCGUCAUCACCGUCCCCCUGUCCCUCAUCCGACUGGACGGCCUGAUUUAUCGCACGACGUUCAGCUUCACCUACACCCCCGAGCUCCACCCGUCGGCGCCUGUCCGAGGAGGAGGAGGAGGUGGAGGAGGGAAGAGGGAAGGAGGGACGGGCGGAGGACAGGAGGACGACGUCCUGUUAGAGACCAUCCAUCAGGAGUUCACCAGAGCCAAUUUCCACCUCUUCAUGUGACGCGAGCGACUGUCCUCAGACUGUAAAUAAAGAUGGCCGUAGUCUCCGUGACGUCACCC